AUGGGGCGAUUACAUACGUCCGGACCAAGAGGUAAUUCGUACCACGUAGAGGCGGGCCCUCGCUUCUCUGGCUCCUUCCCCCUCACACCCAGCGUUCCUACUCUACUCCAUGGCACCCAAACUGCGAUAGAGAUAUCCUCUCUCAUCACUCCAGUCAUCUACGCCGCCUCAUCUGUCGGCUACAAGGGAAAGAGGGCUCCUGUGGACAGGCUUCUUCGGUACGCUUCGUUCUCGGUGCUGCCUGGCUUUGCUGUGGGACUGGUGGGGCCCUUGGCCUGGGAUUUUGAAUACUGGUCGGGGGAAAAGGCAGAGGAUCCUUCAGCAACAGGCCGACAUCGUUUCGCUGGCACGUCAGCAAUCCUCGGUGCUGUACUUGUGCCUGCAGUCUUCCAUAAAUACGCACCAAUACGGGUGCUCAUCACUGGGGGGGGUAGUCUGGGGCUUGGGCUAGGUGCUCUUGGGUAUACCGUGGCUGGCUACCUGAAACUCCACCCGUAUGGUCUAGGGGGUAGAUGGAGACAUGAAGAGUAG